AUGAAAACGCUCAUCUUUGCAGCGGCUGGACUGCUGCUUUUGCCGCCCACUUUCUGCCAGAGCGGCAUGGAAAAUGAUGCAGACAGCUUGGCACAGCCAACUAUGCCUAUAAAGACCUUUCGUGGCGUUCCCAAAGAAUAUUUUGAACCGUUUCCCUUUUCUGCCAUAGAAGGUUGGACGACAGCCACCUUAACGGUGAAAACGGAGUGUCCUAAAGAAAGUGUUUCGAAUCUCCGUGUGAAUAAUGCUACCAUGGGGUACCUGAGCAGCUCCUUAAGCACCAAACUGAUACCAGCCAUUUAUAUUUUGGUUUUUGUGGUUGGCGUGUCCGCCAACGCAGUGACCCUUUGGAUGCUGAUCUUCAGAACCAGAUCCAUCUGUAUGGCUGUCUUCUACACCAACCUGGCCAUUGCGGAUUUCCUUUUUUGCAUCACACUGCCCUUCAAGAUAGCUUACCAUCUCAAUGGGAACAACUGGGUGUUUGGAGAAGUCAUGUGUCGGGCCACCACCAUCAUCUUCUACGGCAACAUGUACUGCUCUAUUCUACUCCUCGCCUGCAUCAGCAUCAGCCGGUACCUGGCCAUUGUCCACCCUUUCACUUAUCGGGGGCUGCCAAAGCGUACCUAUGCCUUGCUGACAUGUGGAUUGGUGUGGGCCACGGUUUUCUUAUAUAUGCUACCUUUUUUCAUCCUGCAACAAGAGUACUAUCUUGUCCAGCCAGGUAUCACCACCUGCCAUGAUGUCCACAAUACAUGCGAGUCUUCAUCUCCCUUCCAAAUCUACUACUUCAUUUCCUUGGCAUUCUUCGGAUUCUUAAUUCCAUUUCUGAUCAUCAUCUUCUGCUAUACAGCCAUCAUUAGGACACUUAAUGCAUAUGAUCAUAGAUGGUUACGGUCUGUGAAGGCCAGUCUACUCAUCCUUGUGAUUUUUACCAUUUGCUUUGCCCCCAGCAAUGUUAUACUCAUUAUUCAUCAUGCUAACUACUACUACAAUAACACUGAUGGCUUGUACUUCAUUUAUCUCAUAGCUUUGUGUCUGGGGAGCCUGAAUAGUUGUCUAGAUCCAUUCCUGUAUUUUCUCAUGUCAAAAAUAACAGAUCACUCCACUGCUUACCUUACAAUGGUAAAAUCACCUUAGAGAAUGAGGAC